AUGGCUACUGGAUUUCUGAAAGUCGAAGGAGAGAACAUUGUGGGCAAUGAUGGCCAGCCUGUCAUCCUGCGUGGCGCCGGUCUUGGAGGAUGGAUGAACAUGGAGAACUUCAUCACAGGUUACCCAGGACACGAGCACCAGCAUCGUAAAUCCAUGCUCAAAGUUCUUGGAAAGGAGAAGUACGAGUUCUUCUUUGACAAAUGGCUCGAGUACUUCUUCACAGAAGCUGAUGCAAAGUUCUUUGCGAGCAAGGGUCUGAAUUGUCUGCGCAUCCCGUUCAACUACCGUCACUUUGAGGAUGAUGAUAACCCGAGAGUGCUAAAGAAGGGAGGCUUCAAGCAUCUCGAUCGUGUCGUAGACCUGUGCGCAAAUCACAAGAUAUAUACGAUCCUUGAUAUGCAUGCCCUGCCUGGCGGCCACAACGGUGACUGGCAUUCCGACAAUCCGACAAAUUAUGCCGCAUUCUGGGUACAUAAAGACUUCCAGGAUCGCACCAUUUGGCUCUGGGAACAGCUUGCCUCACAUUACAAGUCCAAUCCCUGGGUUGCAGGCUACAAUCCAAUCAACGAGCCCUGCGACCCAGAGCAUCACCGUCUACCCGCCUUCUACGCCCGGCUGGAACCUGCCAUCCGAGCCAUCGAUCCGAACCACAUCCUAUGGCUCGACGGUAAUACGUUUGCCCAAGAAUGGCAGUAUUUUGACACCGUUCUCCCGAAUUGCGUUUAUGCGCUGCAUGACUAUACCAUGUAUGGCUUCCCGAAAGGCAAACGCUUCACCGGCGCCUCUUCCCAGCUCGCCCGUCUCGAGCUGCAGUUCCUCGAGAAGGCCAAGUUCAUGUACGCACACAAGACACCUAUUUGGAACGGCGAAUUCGGCCCGGUAUAUGCCCUCGACGGACUAGAUGACGACCCGGAGAAGACCAAUGAAGCACGCGUCAACGUUCUAGGGGCGCAGCUGGACAUCUACGAUAAGUACAAGAUCCACUGGAGCAUCUGGCUAUAUAAGGACAUUGGAUUCCAGGGUAUGAUCCACACAGACCCCAAGAGCAAGUACAUGACAACAAUUAAUUCCUGGCUCGAUCGCAAACGCAAGUUGCAACUCGACGCGUGGGGUCGGCACCCAAGCAAGGAGGUCGAAGAUGUCAUUUUCCCACUGGUCAAGUAUAUCGAUAGCGUGUGUCCGACGAGUUCGAAUCAGUAUCCGCCGAAUUGGAGUACCGAGAGACAGGUCACCAGGCUGAUAAACCAGAUGUGGAUGAGCCAGUGUACGUCGGACGAAUUUGCGGAGUUGUUCAAGGAUAUGAGCGUGGAGGAACUGGACGAGUGUGCGAGGAGCUUUCAUUUUGAUAAUUGCUUGCAGCGCGAGCAGUUGAAUAAGAUGUUGGAGGCACAUUCAGUGGUGGCGGACAUAUCGAAGGAUUUUGUAAGACCCACGAAUGAUAGGCCUGAUUUGGGAAAAUAUGAUCCGUCGAUGGAACAGGGAGAUUGA